AUGUUCUUCCUUCCGGUCCUUUUCGCUGCUGGCAGCCUCCCCCUCAUUUCUGGGGCUCCAGUCGCAUCCAAUCUCUUGUCUGCAGAGACCGAAUCCACCCACUCACUCCAUGGACGCAGCAGUCUUCUCUACGCAGGACUUUUCGGCGGUGAUGGCUUGUUGUCGCAGGGCUGGCCCUCGAUCGAGAACUGGAUCACCUCGUUUGAUGAUAUGUGGGAUAACAACCUCGACGUCCUCCGCUCGAGCUGCAAGCAGUUCGGCUUCGAGAAUAACUCCGACGACGAAAUUGCCGGUAUCAAGAAGGCUAUCAAACAGGUCUCGAGCGAGUCGGGCAUUGAUGCUCGCUACAUCAUGUCGAUCAUGAUGCAGGAGAGCAAUGGCUGUGUCCGUGUCAAGACGACCAACUACGGUGUCAACAACCCCGGUCUGAUGCAGAGCCACAAUGGAAAGGGUACCUGCAACGAUGGUAACCCGAUCUCGCCUUGCACCGACGAUGUCAUCCUUACUAUGAUUCGUGAUGGAACCACGGGUACCGCUGGUCUCCAGGACUGCAAGCUCCAGGUCGGCGGCGAUACCGAUGAUGCGACUGCUUACUACAAGGCCGCUCGCUGCUACAACUCCGGCUCCAUCGCGUCUUCCGGUAAUCUCGGCCAAGGCAUCGCGACUCACUGCUACGCCUCGGACAUCGCCAACCGUCUCCUGGGCUGGGCCACUGGUCCCUCCCACUGCCAGGAAAACGAUAUUGGCAGCCUGAGCACAAGCAACUGGAACGGUGAGUCCGACUCCGGCUCUGGCUCCGGCAGCUCUGGCAGCUCCGGAACCACCUCCACCAGCUCCAUCCCCGCCGCCACCGAGACCUUCGCUCCCUCAACCAUCGUCCCGGUCGCGACCCAAACCGCCCAGCCUCAGCCUGAGCCCACAACCACCGAGACAUCCGCCCCGGCCGCGCCUACCACCACGCCCGCUCCUACGGCGGCUGCCACCCCGGUGCCCACCGCCGCGCCGUCGUCAGCGCCCGCUCCUUCCAGCGCCGCGUCGGACUCGGGAUUCUACGGCAAAUACCCGUACGCCUCGGCCUCUUGCCAGCAAUACUACACCGUCCAGUCGAACGACUACUGUCGCAAGAUCGAAGUCCAGUAUGGAAUCGACGCGUCCACGUUCCAGAGCCUUAACCCGGGCCUGGAUAACACCUGCUCCAAUCUCUGGAAGGGUUACGAAUAUUGUGUCAAGGCUUAG